AUGAGAUGGUUAUAUUAUUCGCAAGUUUUAAACACAUUUUUACUUAUUAUAAUUCUUUGUUCUUUUAUUCAAGUUGAUGGCAAAAUUCGUCGUCGUCGACAAUAUCUCAGUAAUAACUUUGGCGCUUAUGCACUUGAUCCUGCUGUAGUAUCUUAUUAUGGAACUGGUGGAGGUGGUAGUUACACAGGAAAUUCUCAGCAAAACAAUCGUUUCAUUGUCGGUGGAGUAGUCUAUCAAUACCCAACACCUGUGAAUGUUAUGAGUGGAGGUUCAUACGAUUCUCAACAAUAUAAUGCUUAUCUAGGUGGAUCUGAUAGUGCUUAUUACUAUAAUAUGAAUAAUAUGAAAUUGCCAGCACAAGAUAGAUGGUAUCCGGGUUAUUAUUUUCAAGGAUAUCCAUUUCUACCACUUAUAAAUAAUGCUCAGCGUCACGUGGAAAUUUCAAUCAUUACUAAAGUGUUUUUUAUAAUUUUUACCUGUCUUAUUUCUAUCAGUAUUUUGUAA